AUGUCCGAUACUAAGUCGCGCCCUUUGGCUCCCGCCCCGCCGGGUUCCAGCUCCCCUUUCGAUGCCCAUCAACGCAGGCGAAAUGUAGGCACCGCUUGUGCAGCCUGCAAAUCGCGCAAACUCAAGUGCACAGGUUCCGUCCCAUGUGCCAACUGCGUCAAGAACAGCGUCGAAUGCACCCUCGACCGCACUGCCGAUAAACGCCGUCGUGGCGCCCUCAAACGCAAAAUCGACCAACUUGCAGACCAGGAAGAGCUCUUGGUCCGCCUCGUCAGUGUCCUCCGCGAGAGCGGCAACCGUCGUGCCGUCCCUUUGAUCAACCUCAUCCGCAGUGACGCCUCCCUCGACGAGAUCCGCUACUACAUCAACUACCAGUUGCCCCGCUUAGACCUAGCCCAGACCCCGGAACUAGUCGAAGUAUGCGAAGAAGUAAAGCAGCUGCAGCCGUCGCAGUCCCGGUCGAUGCGGCGGAUUUUGGAUGCUAGACGGCUAUCCGACCUGCCGGGGUUUCAGGUCCCUGCUGAACCCUGGACGACCGUCGUCUCCGAUGACGAUUUUGUCUCGCACCUCCUCUCGCUAUGGUUCACAUGGUCGCACCCGUUCCGAAACUGGGUUGAUAAGGAUUUGUUUGUGCGGGACAUGCAGGAGGGGUCAUUGUCGGCUCAAUUUUGCUCGCCUUUUCUGGUCAACAUCAUUCUGGCGGAUGCUUGCGCUUACUCCGAUUAUCCUGAGAUAUACGCUAUUCCAGGAGAUCCGGCGUCGAAAGGAGCCCGUUUUUACGACGAGGCCAUACGACUACUCGAUAAGGAAGAGGGGCGGAUCACAAUCCCGACCGUCCAAGGACUGGGAGUUUUGUGGGCAUGUGCGUCCAUGACCGGUCGGGACCGACAAGACUGGAUCCACAGGGGUCAACUCGCCUACGCUAUCGACGAGCUGUCGCAGAAGAAUUCCACGCCGGACUCUGAUGCCGAUCAGGACAAUCCCCUGAUGGCCCGGGUAAUCAGCCGGACUAUCUGGGGAUUAUUCAAUUUCUCCACGUGCCAUGCCUUGGCGGAUAAGAGCCGCCCUCUAAUUAAACCACCACAACGUCACAGCCUGCCGCCUGUCGGUCAUGAGGGCGGGUCGGAGGAAUGGAGACCAUAUCCGGAAAACGCUGAAGGAACCGAAGGCCAUUCCACCUGCCUGUUCAACACGCUCUCGUCCUUGAGCCUGAUUGCUCACGAGGUUGCCACAUUAUCCCACGGAGAAGCUCUGCCGCGACCGCGGGCGGAGAUAGAAAGCAAGGUGACACAUCUUCGUGAACGUCUCCGUCAGUGCUCCGAUAGCUGGCCCACGUGUUUGAAGACCAAUCUCGAGGCCCCGCACAUCCUCUGUCUACAUAUGUACCACGACUCGAUCAUCAUGGCGAUGUACGAGCCCUUGAAGGACACUUCCACCACCGUCGAUCCUCAUCCAACGAUCUCGCCGGCGAACGCUCGUCAGAUGCGUUUCUCGUCGGCACGCAACAUCGCCCGCCUGAUGCGGAGCCACCGCGCCUGCUGGGGUGUAGACCGCAUGCCCGUGAGCAACAUUCAGUGUAUCACGGCGGCGUUAUUCACACUGCUGGAUGAUGUGGGGGAACCCAACAACCGUGAGGCAUUUAUCACGCUGAGCAUCGCCGCCAAGUCCUUCUCACGACGGUGGGAGUCGACCCGGGCGGUCUUAGCGACACUUCGCACCACGGCGCAAGAACGGGGGGUGACACUGCCGAUUGAAACGGAAUCGCUAUUUACCAUACAUGUUACACCACGGCUGGUGGGCAUGCGGGACAGCGUUGAUUCGUUCGAUGACAGCGAGGAGUAG